AAGGAAAAAACAAAGGUGAAGGAAAAGGAAAGGGCGGAUGAGAAGAAAGAGAAGGAAAAACACAAGAUGGAAAGAUAUAUCCUUCUGACGCAGAUAAACACUAACACUACUCAGCAGAACCAGCUGAAAACAUUUGAUGACGGACAAAUAAAUGUGGAGCCUCAAAGGCAAGAAGUCCACUCAACAUUUAAUCCAAGAAAGACUGUGAACUUCCUACCAACCAGCUGUCCUGAAAAUGGACCUAAACAACCCAUCACACCUCCCCUCCAGUCGGAUAAACAAAGAACAUCCAGUGUAAUUCCUAAAGUUCAAGUUCUAGAGUGGCCGGAGCCUCCAUUGGAAAGUCCUGUGGUGUCUGUAGAUGCUGUCAUCCCGAAGCAAGAACACAGAACCUCGUGCAUACCACCUACAAAGCCCGAAAACAUGACUCCUUAUCCCCUGAAGGCUCCUCCUUCAACCCCAGAGGAUCAUCAACCCCAACUAGACCCUUGGCCUCCUAAAUGCUCGCCAAUGAAGCGAGAGAUAAAGAGAGAUAAAGGGUUCCGCCUGUCUUCGACCAAAUAUAACAACAUCAGAGACCAACUACAGGUAACCCUUGAUCAAAAAGUCUUGAAGCUUUAUAAAAAAUUGAAAGCUGGCACCAAGAACUCGUCACGCCUUGGAAAAUGCUCCACCAUUGCUGAGCACCCAGCUACUUCUAAGGCUAUGCAAGCUCGCAAAGGCUUCUGUCCUCCUGUUGAUUCUAAGGCUAUACACACUCUCCAAGACUUCUGUUCUCCAUGGGUAGCACAGUUGGCCGCUAGAGUGCAUCCAGUCAAGUCUUCUAAUGCCAGACAACUUGCGGCAACCAUCCCAGCAACAGGACAUCAGAGAGUCGUGCAAAAGAUCCAGAUGAAAGACACUCUAGAACCAGCAUCCUUUCACUUCCACCAUGUGAUCCCAAUGGCCUCCCAACAGAGCUUCUUUACUUUGAAUCCAUUUGGGACGACCCGUUAUGGAAGGCUGCAGUUUUACUGGAUAAGGGCACAUGAUAUAGUUGGCUUUGUUCCAUCUUUAUAGAUCGACUUAGCAACUGGCCAGCUCUUGAAUUAUUUCAUAAUGAGGUAUUUGGCUGAACAAUAAAAUCAUCUGUUGCAUUAAUAUAAUAAUUUAGGUUCAAACUAUGGUAAUGGUGAUGUUAGUUGGUUAGAUCACUUCUUUGGUCCAGACUUACAUUUCUCAACAAAUUUUGUACAAACAUUCAUGAUCCCAAGAGAAUGAACCCUACUAACUUUAGACAUACCCUUCCUUUUCCUCUUGACCAUGUCACAACUGUCCAGUCACCAUCAAUUCAUGUCAUUGGCUCCUAGGCAUUGUAUCCUAAUAAUUUUGGUGACACCUAGCGCCACCAGCAGGUUGACAUUUGUGGUUGAAAUGUCUCAACAACUAUCGGAUGCUUUGCAAUUUGAUUCAGACAUUUGUGUCCCCCCCUUAAUUUUAACAACUUUCUUAAUUGCCUGUCGAUUCUUUUAGUCGUUAGUUUGUUGUAAGUAUGAACUGAUAUUUUGUGGUGUUAACCAAAUGCAACAAGUGUCUGAGCUGUCUGCUGAUAUAUGAUUAAUAACAAUACAUAGGACAAAAACAUGGACAGAUAUAACACAGCUUUAUUGACAUUUGUUUCUUGACAUCAGCGGUUUCAUUUGACCGAUGUUCACAUAGCUGGCAAAACAAAAACUCGUAAAUAUUUUGUCAUUAACAGAUUAAUGUAACAAUGGGUAUUGUAAAGUACUGUAAAGAAUUGUAAAUACAGAAACAUUCUACGUUAAUUCAUACAGAAAUUAAAGCUGAAAACAAAUAUGGCUAACAUUGCCUCACAUUGUC